CUUUGUGUACUGCGUAGAUACCACGUUGUUUUACUAUUCAUUUUUAUUUUUAAUAUUGUUAUUUAUUAUUUAUAAAUAAUUAUUAUUUACAAUGAAUAAAGGCUACGCGUUGAUUUAUUGGGUUAAUUCUAAGAACACCGAGACGGUUAAAUUGUCAACGAUUCCUAAAAAAUGCAGGCAAAAUGGCGCUGUUAUAGCCUUGAAAUGGAAGAAUACCGUCACGGGUGCUAGUGAAAAAAAAGUUGCCAAGAUUUUGAAAAUUGCUAAAGACAAACACGAGUUGAAUAAUUUAACAGUUGAUACUUCUACGGGAAUUUUAUUGGAAAAACCAACGCAAUCUACCCAUCCAAGUUUAAUUAUCUCAAGAUCGGAUUUAUUGUAUGCAGCAAAGAAAGCGGCGAAAAUAAAAAUAGCCAAGCAAAAAGACUUUGAUUCCAACAAAUCGCAGAAAAAUAAAAAUUACACUUCUGCUGUAUUUACUGCGCUAAGUGACGACGACACUUCGUCUUCUGAUUCCAGCGACGACGAUAGUCAAAGCGAUAACGAAGAUAAUAGACAGUGUGAAGAGGAUGAUGUUACUGAGCAAGUUAAAAAUUUAUUGCAGUCCGCGACAGUAGAAAAUCUUAAUUUUCUAAAACGAUUAAUAGGAGUAAUGGAAAAAGUUUGCCAUCAACGAGUCCCUGUAAAGCAAGAAGAACCAAGCGUGCAAGAAAUAAUAAACCAAGAAAAAGAAAACAUUCACUCAAGCCUUGGUUCGUUUUUACCACCGAUGACAAUAAACGCAAUAUCGCACCGCAAUCCAGAUUUAAGCGACUGGAAAAAGCUAACUACUGACAUCCUGGUUGAAAUUUACGGCAAGGAAUUAGCAUUUUUGUCUGCGAAAGGUCGCAGAGGUGCUCGGGGUAUCGAUCCAAAUGUAUAUCGCUCUGUCUAUGAUUUAAUUAAUAUGCGAUUAGGCUGGAUAUUGCCCUCCAAGGAAUUUGUGAGGCAUGUUAAUAAAGUGUGCUCUAACCGCAAGAAGUACGCCAGGAAACCACCCGCGGGAACUUCAACUAGUCAAGAAGUUGUUAGUGAAGAAGACCCUAUUGCUACUUUGGAACAAGGUGACUUUGAUCACCACCACGAAAUUCAGUAUCCUGACAGUAAUUUUUGCACGAUUCAAAUUUCUGAAACUUACAGCCAAGCUCAAAUGUAAUUUAUUUUUUGAUUAUUAAUUUUUAAGUAUAGU